CACGAUAUCGAUCGAUUCUCGCCGAGUGGCACGUUGCGUAAUGGACGCAACGCCACCCGCGUUAUGGGUGCUGCGAUAUUAGGCUGCUCUUCUUGCAGAACAGGGCAUGAAGAAGCUGCAGGGAAAACUUUGCAACCCUUCCUCCAAGCCCUCAAAGAAGCAGGCGGCGUGGAAAAAACUCCUGAUGCUGAGGGCAACAGACGUUUCCUUGACCUUUUAGACAGCAGCUUCCCAGAGCUGCAGAUAUACCGUCGAGGUAAAAUUCAGACGAGCCCUGGUGUGGAAGAGGCUGGCAACACGCCAACAGAGUAUUUCCGCACGGUCGGUGCCAUUGUGGCCCUGCUUGCGUGCUACUCCUCGGCGCACGAUGACAAGGAGGAGUUUGGAUUGAACUGCGUGUCGGCGGGCAAGCGCGGACCCAUGAGUGUGGACCAAGUGCCAGGAAAGUUCAUCAACAUGGGCAACAAGAAAGUUGAAUAUUAUCAAUUUUGUGAGAAGUUUGCCAAGCACAUGGAAAGCGAAGCUGAUUGGUGGGGCAUGAUGGUAUUCUUGGUCAUUCACGACGUUGGCAAAAGCGACGAGUUCAGAAAGGCCGUGAACGACAGUCUGCCGCCACAUCAGCGUACAGAUGACCAUGACAAAGUCUUGGCAAUGGCAUUGAAGAGCUCCAAGCUCAAGAAGCAGCUGCUACCCACAGUCGCCGAGUUGAGUGCUGCUCGGCAAGAGUCCAUUCAUGCUGGCUUCUCCACGAAUUUCCAGCUACCCCAGCUUGGACAAGGCGAAAUUGCUUGUAUCAACUUUAGGGGACUUCUGGAUUUGGAGAAGAAGCAUUUACUGAAUGGAUCGCUCCAUUAUUAUUUCUACCAUUCAAUUUUUGACAUAGCAGGGGCGUCCUGCAACGAGAAGUUCCUGUUCCCGCUGGCGCUAGUGCCAGUUUACAUGGGCUUCACGAGUGCUAUGGACAAUUUGAUUGCCAAGCUGUUGGAGAAUCCAAACACCGAUGAAAGGACCUUGUACUUCAACUUUUUGUACACAAACUUCAAGAGGUCGUACCCUGAAUAUGAGAAAGAGUUUGGUGCAAUGUGUGAGAGCAAAGUGUUCUGCCAUGAAACCGGUCUCGCCACCCUGCGGGUUCUGGCAAUGACCCGCAACAGCUACAAGAAUGCAGCCAAGGUCACGGAGUUAUUGCUGGGGGAGAUGCAGCAACUGGUUCAGGAGUUUGCCGGCAGCCCUGUCGGACCACAAAUCAUGCUGUACUACGGGCCUGAUCUCCUGAGGAUGGGCCUCGGCGAAGACUUGACGGAUCCCUCGGGCCACAAUAUGAUGCAUGCGCUGGAGGCUCUUGCAGUCCUAUACCGAAAGGCCCGCAAAACUUUGGCUUUCACAGUCAGCGGUGACUAUCAGUACCAGCUGAAUGUGGCACCACUAGUGACAGUGAUCAAGAAAGCCGAGAAUGAUUGGAAGGGAGGAAAAGAGCUGCGAGAGGUGGUCUCUUCAGUUCGGAUCAAGAACAAUGAUCUGAACACAGAGGGGAUCGUUGAGUUGCUAUGA